CCCUCCCUCCCUCCCUCUCCCGUCAGAAUCUUCCCCAAAUUCUUGAAUAGAAGCUGUGCGAGAACUUGAAUUCGAAAUUGACACUGUAGUCCGAGAUUGCGAGCCCGGCCCUCCUUCCUCCCGUGGCUUUAAAGCUGCGGUCUGGUCAAAGAAUUGCAACACAAACUUUUUUGUGUAUCCUCUCUCUCUCUCUCUCUCUUCCUCUUUCACUCUCCCUCUCCCUACCUGCGUUGCCUCCUUCGUUCGUUCGUUCUAUCAUCCAUUCAUCCAUUCAUUCAUUCCCUCGCUGCCUGACUCAGACUCAGUCUCUCGGUCACCGAGCAAGCUCAAACCUCCCCCAGAGUCUCUCCCCCUCUCACUGAAGGUCCUCCAGCUGCCAGACUCUCUCUCUCCCUCUCUGUGGCUGGCUUCCUGUGAAGUGGUCUACUACUGGCCUGCGGACUCCAGAACUCUCUCAGCGUUGCAAUGGAAGGCCAGAUUUUCUGAAAUCCAUCCACUCAACACACACUCUCUCUCUCUCUGUCUGAAUUUCUGGCCGGCAUCGGAUCCACGGAGGGAACCGAAUCCAGAGUCCAUUGGACGAUUUGCUGAGUAUCCGAGGGAAAGGAAGAGCGUCGGGAGGCGGAGAUCAGAGUGAUCGAGUCCGAUGGCCAUCACCGAGAGGAACCGACGGGCGCACAUUCUGCUGGUGCCGCUGUCGGCCAUCGGGCACUUUCAGCCCAUUCUGCACAUCCUGUACCACCUGGUGGACGAGCGCUACAACGACGUGGUCGUGACCGUCAUGGGCAACAAGCAGCGCGUCGCGGACGUGGCCAAGCUCCAGAAGCGCGGCGACUUCGCCGGGCUCGACCUGCGGCUCGAGGAGGUGUUCGGCGAGAUCCCGUCCUUCCCCGACCCAUGCUUCCCCCAGCGCGCCAAUGCCAUCAGCGAGGCCAUGGAGCGCGACUUCGAACCAAUCAAGCGCAGGCUCAUCCGCGACCGUCACGCCUUCGAAGCCCCCACCUCCAUCAUCGGCGACAUGCUCUUCGACUGGCUCGCGGACCUGGCGGCGGAGCUGAAGAUCUCGUGGUUUCCGUUGUACUCGUCGGGGCCGUCGUUCGCCACGUCGGUCAUUGAGCUGCCGAAUCUCAUCAGCGGCGGCCUGACGCCGGGCAAUCCCGAGAAGGUGAACGCCGGCAUCCCUCUUUCCGGGCUCUCGUUCGGCCGGGUCCGCGACAUGACCGGCGAGAUAUUCGAGUACUCGGAAUACUUCGCGCUCCACUUCGAGAACAUGAAAAGGUCGACGGCUCUGCUCAUGAACACGGCCGAGGAGCUGGACGAGCACGCCGGCUCCGUCAGAGCUCUCCGCAGCCGCCUCCAGCAGAUGGCCAUCGCCGAGCGAUUCCAGGCUCCGAGGGUUCUGUCCAUCGGCCCCAUGAUCCGCAUGCCGGGAUUCACGAGCAAGCACGAGCCCAUUGAGAAAUUCGCGGUGGAUGCAUCCACGCCGUGCCUGCAGUGGCUGGACAAGCAGGCGAAAUCGUCCGUGCUCUACAUCUGCUUCGGCAGUCACGCCAACAUCACUCCGGAGUCGAUGCUGGAGCUGGCGCACGGGCUCGAGAGCAGCGGAGUGCCCUUCCUCUGGGUGCUCAGGGUCAAGCAUCCGCACACCGUCACCUCCGUCCUCCCCCCAGAAUUCGAAGCCCGUAUGCACGCCUCGGGCCAGGGCUACAUCGAGAAAGGCUGGGCCCCGCAGUGGCAGAUUCUCAGGCACCCGUCCACCGGCGGCUUCCUGUCCCACUGCGGCUGGAAUUCCACCAUGGAAGGCAUCUGCGCCGGGGUUCCCUUCAUCACCUGGCCCUUGAAUGCGGAUCAGCCUCUGAACGCCAGGUUCGUGACCGACGGAGUGAAGGUGGGCAUCCCGGUGUCGCUCAAGGACACGGAGGAGGACUACAUUGUGGUGUCGAGGGACGAGGUGGAGAGGGCGAUUCGCCAGCUGAUGUUCGAGGAGAAGCGGCACGAGCUUUGGAACAAUGUACAGAGGCUUAGGAAAAGAACGACGGAGUCCGUGUCGGAAGGCCAUUCCUCGUACGAGACAUUACACUCGUUUCUCCGGGAAAUCACGGCCGCCUCACCCCAACUCAGAUAAUAGCACGUCGUCCUCGAGGAGGUUGUAUUUAUAGAGGAACGAAGAAUCACUCCUGCGGAUCGAUUCGGAUCAGCCCGAUCCGAUCGUCGCACAAGUAGGUAGAGAGCCCGGGGGUAUAGUUUCGGGAUGAGAUUCAUAUGCUUCAAUCACUCUAGCGAGAACCGUGUUGAGCCGAUUCCUCCAUGUCUGGUAUCGAAAUGUGGAUAUCCAUGUGGAACAAACGGAAUCGCUUUAUCAACCGCCUUUGUUUAGCAUCAGGAUGAUACGUUUUAGAUCGUGGCCGGCUAUGAAGUACAGUUCGGAUGCCCUGAGAGUAUGAAAGACCGACUGCUACUUCUCCUGCGAACGCCUCGGAGUGCGAGCGUGCGUUCGGUGUACACUGCUUCCUUCCAAUACAAUAAUCGCUCUUUGUGGU